UGUAGUUGGUGAUUUGUGAUACCAGAAGUAGCACAUAUUCUGUGACGUAGUACACAUGAUUACACAGUUGGCAAGCACUUGCAAGAAAUGUCGGACAGUGUGUCAAUCAAUACGGAGAGUGCUGUAAGUGGGGACACAGGCAGUAACACUGGCAUUUCAUCCGCUGGUGUUCCCCUCGCCAUCGUCCCCGCGUACAAACACCUACAAGAACAAAGGAAAUUCCAAGGACCUAUUAGUGAACUCCCAGAGCUGCCAUCUCACAGAUUCCAGUAUUCAGUUUGGCAUGAUCUGCGAUCUGUCAGCUUAAAAGGGACACAACUCAAAGCUCCACGUGUCAGAGACGGUCCAGCGGAGAAAGAAAAAGCUUUUUAUCUUUUAAAAGAUGAGGAUAAUAAGAACAUUCACCACUCGCUACAUGGUAGACAGCGAAUACAACAUCGGACAACUCUGGAGGACUGGAACGCAGCAACGUCUGCCAGCCUCUGUUACCAGGAACUACAUCACCAGUAUCAGAAAGACAACUUUUACCGUAUCCUUGGCAACCUAAAGAGUGUUGAACAACUGUACCUCGUUGACAACAACAUCACAACCCUCGCAUCCUACAGCUUCCCUAAGUGCACAGUGCUGAAUUUGAACAAGAAUUUUAUCUCGUCCUUUAAGAAAUUGCCAUCCAUUCCAAAAAUAACUUGUUUGACGAUGGAAGACAAUGAUGUGGAUAGUUUUCGUGGCCUGAGGUCAUUCUCCACCCUGGAGCAACUGUAUCUUCGUGGAAAUCCAGUAACAUUUGUCGUCAACUACAGGCCUAAGGUGUUUAAAAUGCUGCCUCACCUUCAAGUGUUGGAUGGAAUUCCCAAGUUAGAGGAUGAUGACGAGUUUGUAGAUGAGGAGGACAUUCCUGAUCAGGAACCAAGUCGCUGUGUGAUUGCUUAGCUAUAAAGUGUUUUGAUAUCAUAAUCGAAACUGAACUGUUAUAUGUAUACAGUCAUGCUCUGUAUACAAGGUAAAUGACAAAAUAUUUAUGAAAGCAAGAAGUUUUUAUCAAUAAUAAAAGAGGAAACUUUAAAAAUUGUCCGGAAUAUAAUCAUAACUUUAUCUUUCUCAUCCAAUACAAUGAGCCUGGAAUCACCUUGUAUACAAUGCUGUCUACUUAUAACUGUUUUGAAAUGUCAGGGCUUUUUCUGUGGGCUUUUUGGGGCCAUUACUAGGUCCCAUUCCCAAUUGAAAUUAUUUCAUAUUGAAGCCAAAUUCCCCAAAUUUUCAGUUUAUUCCUGAAAAAAUCUUUCCUAACUCAUCAAUUUUCUUCCCAAAAUGGCCCGUUCCCAAAACAGUUAGAAAAAGCCCUGAAUGUUGAUAUGAACAUACAUGUACAUCCGACCAAAAAUUGUCGCCAGUAAUCAGCUAUUUUAAUAUAUAUGUGAGAGAAAAUUGAGCAUGGAGAUCAGUGUUUUUAAUUUCAGGAUGGCAGUGUUUAAGAUUUGAAUGGCCGAGACAUACAUGUAAUGAUUGUUAUAAUACCACUUAAUAUCAAUAAUCUAUAUUAUUAUAUAUCUGUAUACAAGUUUUCUCUACACAUUGUAAUUAUCAGUAUAUUUCUACGAUUCCAUCCAUUGUUUUUUUAUUUUCUCAUAUAAUACAUGCUGGACAUGUGUUUAAUCACUACAAUAAACAAUUAUUUACGUCAUAAAUGCUAAUUUACACUGACACAUGUCUACCAGGUAGUCAGUCUAUUCAUGAACGCUAAUUUUACAGUGACAUAUCUAUAUAUUUUAUCCUUCAAUAUAGCUUGUACAUUAUACAGUUAGUGUAGAUCAUGUAUACUAAUUUUACACUCCGAUAUCUAAACAUGUAUAUAUUACAUACAAUCCUAUCAUUCAAUACCUUGUACAAUAUAUAGUUAGUGUAGAUCACGUAUGCUAAUUUUACUGUUUGUUUGUUUCACGCCUAUUUGACAUGAAAAUGCCAUUUCAAUGUUAGUUAGGAUAACAUCAACAACCAUCAUCAACGGCACUAAUUAUUGACAUGUGUUAUGUGUUGUAGGGGUAACUUAUAAAAUGUUUGUGUAAAUUCAGAUUAACAUAUUACUGUUAAAUGUUUAAAUAUAUCAGAGAGAGAAAAAAAUACUGAUAGCAUUUGGCUUAAUGAGUACCAAAUUGCUGCAAGAAAUUAUAGUAGGUAUGUACAAUUUGUUAUCCUUCACUUUCGGACAUGAAUACAUAAGUAAUAAGAUUAUGUAUUUGAUAUCAGAAAAUUUUAUAGAUUAAUCAUUACAUUUUAGAAUACAGCUGUAUAUUUAAAUGCUAGAGUCACAAAAAUAAAUAAACGAAAAACUUGUUAAAAGAGUGUUUAGAAUGCAAAAGUAGAAUUUUAACUAGAUUUUGUUUGCCAAAUCAGCAUGAACUGGCAAAUAUCAAUAAAAAACUGUUGUACAUUUAUAUACUAAUGUACAGUGUACUAAGUAUAAAUAUUUCCAUACUUUUGUGAUCUGACAACCAUAGUUACUCCAAAAUAGCCAUUAACAGCUUUCACCUUAGACAUUCUGUAUCAUUAUUGGAGAUUUAAAAACAAAUCCUCACAUCAGCAAAUACAACUUUGAAUUGUUUUGUUUCUUUUACAAUAAUACAAUAUACAUGUAUAGUCACAAAUUAAUGUUUUUAACUUUAGCAAUUGAUUGUGAUAGUAUAUUUCUUAUUAAUCUAUUGUUGUUUUUUAUAAUUAUCAUUAAUCUGGCUUCUGGCCUGAAUAUUCCGUCCAUUUGUCUUAUUUUCAUUUGGUAUAUCAUACAUUUUAAGAGUUAACAUUGUUUCUAUAUGUACUCAAGUGUUUAUAUUUGUCAUCAUAUUUGUUAAAUCUGUUUUCCUUGCAACACGAUUCCUACUAUUAGGAUUGAAGAAGUCUAUACAGACCACAUAUUUGCCGAUUAUUUUGAAUUUCCAUGAAAAAAAAAAUGUUGGCAUAUGAAACUAUCUAGCUUUAAAAGAGAAGUACUUUUAUAUACCUUCUUUUGAUAAAUGUAUUCUUAUUGAAUCUGCAGAUGUUAAAAUUCUCCGCUUGUGGACUACAUGUACUUGGAAUUUUGAAAUUAUAUCUAUAACGUUUUACUGAUAAUACAUGUAAGAAAUAGGGUGAAACAGUAAGUUUUCUUCCAGAAUAGAGAGAGUUGUUGGGUAUGAGAUCAUCGUAAUUGACUUCUAAUGAAGAUAAACAUUUUGAUAAUGUUAUAUACUUUUACUUUUAUGACAUGCUGGGAGUGUCAGGUAUUGCAAUUGUUGACCAAUAAAUUGAGCAAUAUUCAUACUUAAA